GUCACUCGUGUUCUUCAUGACGUCUGGCGUGAACACUUAGAACACCUCCUCCCUGUACACUUAACGGGUUUAUAAGUGUACUUACUAGUACUACAAUACGAUUAAAUGAUGUGGGUGAUUAAGGCGGGCUACACGGUGAUGGUGGUGACCUUUCUGGCUAUGACCUGGGCUUACCUGGCCGGAGCUGCCCAGAUAGUCCAGAACACACACAUUACCAAGUACCCAAUCAACGAGCACCUGACACACUACCGGCCGCACCUCAGUGACCCCAGACGACCUCACAAGUACGACCUACCGGAUGACUACCCACCAUUAUAAUUUCAACGCCCAGUGCAAAUGUUCGAACACCGGCCGACUUAGGCUUGGUGUUCUGCGACAAUGUGGGUUGGACGUAUCCCUGCCGAGCUGAACAACACCAAGAUCCACACCUUGACACUACGCUCCAACACUCUGCGUCACCUGGACGAGUAUGCCUUCUACAGCACAGGUAUGUGGAGGCUAGAGGUACGCCACAACGAGCUACUGGACGUCCCCGAGAAGGCCUUCUACGGGUUAGAGCGGUCACUGGCAGAGCUUGACCUGCAGUACAACGACCUCACCCGCCUGCCUAGAGACGCCCUCGGCAAGCUGCGCAAACUCAAGUCUCUAGACCUCACAGGUAACUACAUCUCGGACCUGACACUUGAGGAUUUCGAGGGGUACGAGGACUCUCUACAGACACUGGUACUGGCGGAGAACUCCCUCACCACACUGACUGAGGGAAUCUUCACCUCCCUUCAGAACCUCAGGACAAUAAACCUUCACGGGAACAACAUUAUACAUAUCGACCCAAAGGCUUUCCAGGGGUCGUCCAGUCACCUGGCCCAUGUCAACCUGGGCAACAACCUCCUCACCUCCAUCCCCUUCGAGUCCAUGUCUGCCGUCCGUAACCUGCAGACCCUCAAUCUGGCCAGGAACCGCAUCACUCUCCCCUUCGAGGUUCUCUUCACCGGUUCGCUCUCCAUGGACACGCUGGUUCUUGACUUCAACCAGAUCGAGACUCUUCCUCCAUACUCCUUCCAGAAUUUUGGGGCUGUUAACAGGACCUCCCUAAGAGGGAAUCCUCUCACUCACAUCAGCGACGAUGCCUUCAAGGAUGCUAAGAUUAAGGAGUUGUAUCUACACGACUCUGAUCUCUGGAGUAUAUCUGACAACGCCUUCCGUGGCUUAGACUCCACCCUGGAGACUCUCGAUCUGAGCUACAACAACCUGUCUGUCAUCCCUCCUAAGGCCUUUGACAAGCUCAACACCCUCCGCUCCCUCUCCCUCAGCAACAACAAGAUGUCCCUUGACCCGUCAGAAGCUUUCAACGGGUUCCGCUACACCCUUACUUACCUCAACCUGUUGGGGGACAACAUGGGGACUAUCCCGAUGGACAAGCUGAAGGAGAUGAGAAAUGUACGGACUCUGGGUCUCAGUACUCUUCCAGACAAGUCCCUCUCAAAGGAAGACUUCGAUGGCUUCGGUCCCGCCGUUGAGAAACUUUACCUAAUGAAGAACGGCAUCACAGGUAUCUCAGCUAAAGCCUUUGAGCACGUCCCCGGCAUUAAGAUCCUUGACCUCUCCAACAACAGAAUUGGCUCCUUUGAUAACGAGGCCUUCGUCAAUAUUGGCGGAGGACUGGAAGAGCUGCGCUUCAGUUCUGGCUUGUCGAUGAGUCAGCUGCCGCCUCAGCCCAUGCAGUACCUGGUCAACCUCCGCGAACUGGACCUCAGCAACAACGCCCUCACGCAGGUCAGCGGCGAGUGCUUCCGCUACAUGAGAAGCCUCAGAAAACUCAACAUUCAGGACAACAAGAUUAGCUCCCUCAGUCGUAACCAUUUCCAGGGUAAUUAUCACCCCUUCCUUGAGUCCAUCCAACUCUCUUUCAACUCCAUCAAGAAAAUCGAGCCCCAAACUUUCCACGAUUACAGGAACCUGAAGUAUCUUUAUCUUGAUGAUAAUCAGAUCAACAAGAUUCAAAGAUCCGGAUUCUCGAACCUUGAGAACCUUGAACACCUUGAUCUUGAGGGUAAUAACAUCAGAAGUCUAGAUUACGAAGCUUUCCAGAAUAUGCCUAAACUGCGCUACCUCGACCUGUCCUUCAACGAGAUGGACAACCUAAACCUGGAUGCCUUCGACCAGUUGGGGACACUGUCGACCCUCACCAUCGACGCCAGCCACAACCGCAUCCCCUUCCUCAAGCUGAACGGCUCCUUGUGGAACUCUUACUCCAGUAUAAAGAUGAUCGACUUUAGUCACAACAACAUCAGCUGGAUCUCACGUGAUUACUUCGCGUCAGUGAGGUCCUCCAUCGUGCACCUCUGGUUCCACCACAACAAUCUGAGGAACAUCAGCAAAAGCAUUUUCUCCAACUUCCCUCACCUUCAACUCCUUGACUUCGCUCACAACAACAUUAGGGAGAUUGACCACGAGGCUUUCCGCGAGACUCGACGUCUGCAGUACAUCGACUUCAGCCACAACAACUUGGCUGACCUUCCCACAAAUCUCUUCGAAAACCAUCAACGUCUUCGCCACUUCGACGUCUCCUUCAACGAACUGCGAGGCAUCCCUGAAGGCCUCUUUAAGUCGGCACCUCUGGAGAUCUUCAAAGCUCGCCAUAACCGCUUCACCAAGUUCCCCGACGCCAGUCUCCAGCGGUGUGCAGAGUCCCUCCGCUUCAUCGACUUGGCCUACAACGAGAUGUCAUCCCUCUCAAGCUCCACAAUGGGACGCUUAGACAACCUGGUGUCUUUCGAUGUCUCUCACAACCAUCUCAAGAGUAUUGAGGCUCGAGCCUUCCUUGGUACUUGGCACCUCACAGUUCUAGAUAUCUCUCACAACCCCGUCAAGGACCUUCAAGGAUUCACGUUCGACGGACUGCAGAACUCCCUGAUGAACCUGAGUGUGGCCAACACAUCCAUCAGCGCUGUGCCGGACUUCGACCUGCCUCGCCUGAUGCAUCUCAACGUCUCUCACAACAUAUUGUCUUUCCUCCCCUCCGUCUCCAUGGCUAACCUCUCCUCCAUCAGAGUGUUGGAUAUCUCUUACAACGAGUUACCUAUCCCAGCCAACAGCGCCUGGCAAAUGUUACCUCGCCUCAGAGAACUAUACAUGCAGAACAACCCGAUGCGCUCUUUGACCAACAUGUCCUUCGGUGGUCUGGAACGCUUGGAGGUGCUUGACAUUCGUGAUUUACCCUUCCAAGUCUUUGAGGCUGGCUGCUUCAGUACGAUGCCCUGCCUCCGUCGCCUCUACAUCACCACAAACCCCAACAUGCCGAGGUUCAACUUGGCCAAGGCUCUCCACAACGUGCCGUCCCUACAGGAGCUCAACCUCGAGGUGGACGGAACACUGUCAAAGGAAUUACUGAGAUAUGAACUGCCUUACCGUCUCACCAACAUUACUUUGAUGGGGCCACGAAUGAGGAAGAUCUCCCCCACAGCUCUGCAGGAACUACGGGCCAGAGAACUACAGCUUACCUUCUACCACACACGGAUGGAGGAGGUGCCGAGUGACGUGUUCAAGAACCUAGGACGUGUCAAGUUCGUGGCGGUGGCAGCGCUGAACAACUCCAUGAAGAAGCUUGGUGAGCCCUCGACCACCGGCUACCCUGGGGCCCCUCACUCAGUCUUCCUCACUGACCUCCGCAUGCACAACAACAACUGGAACUGUGACUGUGGCAUUGGAUGGAUUGAAGGUUGGCUGAAGAAGUGGCGCCAGUCUGUGUGUGUUGACAAGGGUCGCCUGGAGGAGUACCUACGCUGCCAGGACACAGUGCACCGCCUCCGUCAGACACCCUGUAGUAACAAGAAGGACAAGUCUAUCAUGGAGGCCCUCAAGACUGACCUCGAGUGUGGCUCCACCGCCGCUGCUCCUCUCAUAUAUCCUUCGCCCUUCCUUUCCGCUCUUAUGCUGGCGGUCCCUUUCAUCCUGAGGGCGCCCUAAC